AUGGCUGUCCCCGCUUAUCGCGGAACAAACAACCUCCAAUCCCUGCGAACUCCGAACACCUCCAGGGCUACAUUGUGGAGAUCUAAACAACCUCAAUUCGACAGCUCACACAAUUUACCGGAAUACCUCGAGGCAUACCAAAGCGCCUCUCCGCCCCUUGCUUCUCCGGUCACGCUGGGCGUCUUCUCUCUCAUCAUUAUCAACAAAGCCGGCGGUCUUAUCUACCAACGUGAGUUCCAGGCUGGCCUGCGCAACCUCUCGACAAAUGACUACCUCGUCCUAGCUGGCACCUUUCACGGUGUUCACGCCAUCACCCGCUCUAUCACACCCAAAAUCCCCAUCUCCCAACCUGCUCCCUUCCCCGCAACCUCUUCAACGGGCACCACCGUUCCUGCUGCCUCCGGUUACUCUUACCCAAACCCCGGUGUACCAGUCUCCGGCCUGGAUUACCUCGAGACCGACAAGUUUCGAAUGACUUGUUUCCAGACCCUCACGGGGACAAAGUUCUUGUUGUUUACGGAUCCCUUGACUGGCCACGUGGACACAAUCAUCCAGAAGAUCUACGAGCUCUAUGCGGACUAUGUGAUGAAGAAUCCAUUUUAUCAGAUUGAGAUGCCUGUGCGAUGCGAGGCAUUCGAUCGGCAUCUGGGGGCGUGGUUGAGGGGGAGGACAUAA